UUGAGAGGGGCUGCCACCGGGGCAGGGGGCUCAGAGAGGUGGGAGGGGCGGGGAGGGGACUGCUCCGGGACUAGCGGAUGGUGUGGGCGGCAGUCCCGCCCAGCUGAUUGUCACAUUGUUUUAAAGGUCAUUUGGGCGGCUGGGGGGCCCAGUGAUGCAUCCCAGAGACCCCUCCAGUUGAGACUGAAGCUCGGGGUCUGGGCAGAAAAGGGGGAGAGGCUCGGGGAAGAAAACAAGACCAGACCCAGCCUCCCCAAGCCCCUGGACCCGCUCUCUCCACCCUCUGUAUUGAUCCCCUUCCCCGCUUGGUAUCAAUUGAUCACUGCCCCUGCUGAAAAGAAGGGCUGCCCUUUAAAACGGUUGAGAAAGAGGCUCAGUCGGAGGAGCAGCGUUAAUAUUAAUCAACACAGGCCGCUCUCGGAAGGAAGCAGGGGGAGGAGGAGACAAAGAAGGAGCUCUGCGGAACAGCCCGCGUGUUGCCGCGGAGAGGGGAUGGGUUGGCGGGCUGGAAGCAGCGAGGUGUGGGGCGCAGGGGGGCUCCUGCGGGCAGGGCGGGCUAGACCUGUAUGUGACAUGUGUGUGCGCGUGCGUGCAGGGGUGUUGAGCACACGCUCUCCGCAGUCCCUGCUGCUGUCCCUGACAUUCCUGGAGCCUCCCCUGUCUCCUGAUUUUCGGGGGGAAACUCCAGCCCCCUGGCCCAGUGGACCUGAGGGAGGGUGGGGGGAGACAGGCUGCUGUCCGCAGGCAGCUGAGCCCUGCUGUGGGCUUGGGGCGCCAGCCGGGUGGUGUUUAUUUAAAACAAAAAACAACGGCCUGGGUGCGAGCCCGUGUGUGCGUGGUGCGGGGCAGGCUCCAGGAGGAGGAGCCAGAGCUGCCUUCAGCGGCGCAUCCCCAGGAGGCAGGAGGUUAAGCCCGGGCACAGGGACCUGGAAGGAGGCGGGGGAUGCUGGGUGUUUACCAGAUAGCGUCCUCGGUUUCCCUGCGGGAGACCUGGCAGGGGCACCUUCUGCAAAGUCAGUCGAGUGUGGUCCUGCCUCAAGGAUUUUUCUAACCCAGGCUCCUCUAAUUCUUGGCUUUGGGGGUCUGAAAAUGUGGCGCCUCUAGUGUCCUGGGUGGGGGGGUUGUCGUGUGUGUUGGGGGCAGGUCCAGCCCAUAAAGCUGCGCCCCGGUUCAUGUGUGUAUCGACCGGGGGGCGGGGGCCCUGGAAUGACAGUCCCCUCUGGCAACGGCGUGUCGUGGGUCCUUAGCCUGGCUGGGCACAGCUUCAAGGGCAUCUCUUAUCUCCUGGUGUCCAGGGCAACCUCAAAAGUACAUGGCCACCUUACUACCCGUUCCCGCUUAAGCAUCCUUACAAAGCAAACAAACAAAACCUCCAAAUAUAAGACAAAAAAGCUCAGCCACGUGACAGCCAGCAACCAGACAC